UUUGGUUUAUGUUGAUUUAUUUAUUAGUGUUAUUAAAGCUAGGUAGCCAUGGCAGAAUCAGACGAUGAGUCAGGUGGUCAAGCAUCAGGGAGCAAAGAACUACUACAAGAAAGACUCCUUCCCAUAGCAAACGUUGGAAGGAUCAUGAAGAAAGCGUUACCAUCGAAAGCAAAGAUAUCAAAGGAAGCAAAAGAAACUAUGCAAGAGUGUGUAUCAGAGUUCAUAAGUUUCAUAACAGGUGAAGCAUCUGAGAAGUGUCAGAAAGAGAAGAGGAAAACAAUAAACGGUGAUGAUCUUGUUUGGGCCAUGACUACACUUGGUUUUGAAGAAUAUGCAGAACCUCUUAAGGUUUAUCUUCUUAAGUAUAGGGAAAUUGAAGGAGACAAGAAUUUUUCUAUGAAUAUGAUUGCUGGUAAAGAGCAGCAAGGUGGUAAUACUGAUCAUCGAUUCUUUCAAGGGUGAUGAUGAUAAUAAUAUUUCAAACAUAAUUUCAGGUUUUUUUUUUAAUGUUUGAUUGAGGUUUAUAGAACUAUACACCAGUUUGUUAUUGUUGUUUGAAUUUUUGUUGUUGAGAUUGAAAUAUACACAUUAUUCAUAGUGGUUGUGAUUAUAUCUCAGAAAAUAUAUAUUAUAGUGAUGAUUUGUAUUUUUGU